UCUCUCUCUCUCUCACUCAUCGCUUAAACCCUCACUGCGUCGAUCGCUCAUCGUCGACUCCCUCCUAGGGUUUGGGUAAGCUCAGGGAUUGAUCGCGAUGGCGGAGAUCGCCGGGCUCGUCGAGAUCCUCGGCGAGGAGAGGGCCCCGAAGGAUCUCGCCUCGCGCCUCCGCUCCGACGCCGCGCGCCCGGGGCUGCGGCGGCUCCUCGCCGUCCUCGCCUCCGCCGCCGACGCCGCCGCCGACGCCGCCGCCGCCGCCGAUGGGUCCGAGAGCUGGACCCGGGCGCAGAUCGACGCCGUGGUCGCCGCGGCGCGGGCGAUCGCCUCGGCCGUGCUCUUCGCCUCAGCAGUGGAGCAGGUGGAGCCGGCAGUGGCGACGAUCUUGGGGAGGUCGGUGGAGUUCUGCAUCAGUUACCUGGAGAGAUCCGCGUUUGAUGGAAGCGACCUCGGAUUGCAGAAUGAGUUAGUGCAAUUCUUGGAAUUGGCACUAGCUAAUGCAACUUCAAAGGAGUGUGAUGUACCAGAUCAUUGUCCUGUAAAUAUCUCUGUAGAGCAAUUGUCUUCUAUUCCAGUCAAAGCUGAAAGCAUGGAUAUGGGAAGUAUAGAAAAUUGUUACCUCCAAGGCUUUAAAUGCUCGAAGGAUGAAAAUGUCACUGCAAGCCUUCUGGUUUCCUUGUCAUCUGAGAGUUCAUGGCCAGUUCCUCUUGGUAGACAGUCCACUGAAACUCUGGUUACGAAAUCUCCAAAUUUUAUGAUGUCAGUAUUGCAGCAUCAUGCCAUUGUGCACUUGAAGUGUGUACCUCACCUCCUUAUGCUCUGCAAAGAGCUUCUUCGGCCUCCAUCUUUAGAGCAUAUACAAGAUGCAAAUUUUAGCUCGAGGCUAUCUAUCAGUCAAAGAAUUUUGAAGUUACUUCGAUGCCUAGCUUUGGAAUUUCCUUAUGAUCCUUACGAUACAGAACUAUUACAUUCUGUUGCUACUUUUGCCGAUACCUUACCAAGCUUAUUUAGAUUGAGAUUUGACUUCUCUAACCAUGAUUGGGCUACUGGUGGGGAUAGAUUGGGAGCUCUUGUAUUGCAAAUUCUUGAAGAUUUUCUGCACUUCAUUCAUAUCAUCUUCUACGAAGAUUAUGUUUGCUAUACAGUCCAAACAUGUGUAGUUGCAUCAAUGAUGGAAAUUUUAAAUUCCAAGAAUUGGAGAUAUGAUGAAUCUAGCUCUUCCUUGAAGCCCCCAUUAAUUUACUGUCCUCAAGUUGUUCUGUAUUUGCUGAAGCUUCUCAAGGAUGUUAAAAGUUGGACAUCUCCGUCUGACAUUUUAAAGAAGUCCGAAAGAAAAGCUCCUGAUUGUUCGCAUGAGUCUGAAAUUUCUGUUUCCUUCUGUCAUGUUCGUUCUAAGAGGAUUUCUCUGCUGAAAAAUUAUACUUGUGAGGAAUACCUGAGAUUGAUAUUUCCGGAAUCAGAGCAAUGGGUGGAUGACUUGGUACAUCUUGCCUUUUUCCUCCACGCAGAAGGGGUAAAAUCGAGACCGGUUGUUGAUAAGUUACGAUCGACUUCCACAAAGCCUGCUAUUGUUUCAGAUUCGGAGUGUUCAGUCAGUCAUGAAGAUGAAGCGAUCUUUGGGAAUCUUUUUUCUGAAGCUAGUCGUCCUACAGGGCCGACUGAUGGCCUCGAUCAGCCAGUCACUCUCGUCACUAGCACCUCCAGCAGUCCCCGCCUACCUAUCCAAGCGGCAACUGAUUUGCUAAGUUUCCUCAAAACAUGUGUCUUCUCUCCCGAUUGGCACUGUAUGAUAUUUGAGGAUGCUUGGAUAAAGCUUCAAUCAUUCCAUAUCGAUCAGCUCCUUUCAAUUCUCAACUGUCCGGUCUGUUUUUCUGGUGAAAGAAAUUCUGAGGACCCCGUACAGAUUACUUUGCUGCAAAUUAAUGAGAUCUGUUUUGAGCUGUUGCACACUCUUCUUGUUCGGCAUGAUUUGCCAACUUCUCUCAAAGUACACCUCAUAGAUCAGGUGCUGAAGGUGGAAGAUGGAAUGUAUGUGUAUAAUCACUUGUCUCUCACUCUGGUUGCACAUGCUCUUAUUUCUGGGUCAGAUUCUGAUGGCAAUCUGCAAACAAAAAUCAUUGAUGGGUAUUUCAACUUCGUUCUUGAAAAGGCAAAGAAUAUCUUGGGCAUAUGUUCUGAGUCCACUGAUUUCUUUGGGACUCUUCCUUGUGCUUUUCAUUUAGAGAUUCUACUAAUGGCAUUCCAUCUAUCAAGUGAGGAUAAAAAGCCAGAACUGGCGAAAUUUGUAUUGUCUUCACUGAGAGAAGUAGGUGCUCCUCCACCUGGAACUACCGCAGGGCAACUUUCUAGGUGGGGUUUACUCAUCUCGCGGUUGCUUUUGCCCUUACGACAUAUGAUAUUGUACCCAUCAACUUGCCCGUCGUGGUUGCUUUUGCGUUUGAGGUCUAAGUUGAGGGAAGUUCCAUUUAUAGCAGACCAGUCCUAUAUACUACAUGAUCACUUGCCUUCCUGUGCAUCAGCUGUUGUGCAGAGUAUUUUUGGAGAUUCAAUUAAGGAAUCCUCUGUAGUUAGUAGCUUGCUUCCUCAACUGAUUGAUGUCACCCCACUUCAUGCUACAAUCUACAGGGGCAAUGACACUGCAUUCCAAAAAUUGGGUUUGGACUUUGAUGAUUUGUCAACUACUUUUUCGCAAAUUCUUAGUUUCUGGAGGGGUAAAAAGCCAGAAGCAGCGGAACAUCUCAUAGUGGAAAGGUAUGUCUUUUUGCUUUGCUGGGGUACGAUAUCCAGUAUCAGUUUUAGCACCAAUAGUACUUCUCAUGGGGUCAAUUUGGUGAAUCUCGACUUUUCGGAUGUUCGGAGUGCCUGUAUGCUUGGCCUUAGUUUUGUGAGAGGCACUGCUGUUAAUUCACAGGACAAUGAUUUUCCUGCGUGCAUCUUUGAUCUACUUCAGCAAUUUCACCCCCAGAAGUCAAUUGAUUCAGCUGAAGUUGGAAGCUGGGACUUUCUUCGGAAUAAUGUGUGGCUUUCUUUUAUUCUCUUACUGCUUAAUGCUGGAUUUUGGAGGAACUCGAAGAGAAAUACUAUUUCUGAAAUGGAAUCUUACUGGCUUAGGCUUCCCAAGGAUUGCAAAUUAUUUGAUGUUGGCGAAAGUUUGGUUAUGUACAUAUUGCAAGGUAACAAAGGCGGAUGGCUUUUGGAUGUUCUAUCGUCCAUUUUGAAGACCUAUCUCCAAGUUCUUCGUGAAUCAUUUCUCUCUACGGUUGAUGUAGGAGCUUGUGCAGCUCAUUUUUCUCCUCUUUUAUUGUUUAAACUUUCAGCUAUUGACAAAUUCGGACAGAAAUUUCCUCUUGAGAAAUAUGGUUGCAGUAUUUCACAACUAGAGGAUUUAUAUGAUCUCCCAUCAAAGUUGGAUGGAAUUGCUAGUAAAUUUGACACGGGAGGCUUAAAUUUUAUCUUGUGUAGAUGUUUGUUACAUGGCUUUCCAUCGCAUUCUGACUGUUGCAGUGGUGCUCUUCUUUCUUGCAUUCUUGAAGUGAGAGAGAUUGUGUGCAUCUUGGAUGGAUAUCUCAAAAUCAGAGGAGCAGAACAUAAAGACCAAGUGGAGGCUGGGGUUGUUACACAACUUCUGGAGAAUGUGAUGACCGUAAAAACUGAUAAAAUUUUUAGAAGCAUCUCUGGGCAAUGUGAUUCUAUAUGUACUAGUUUGAUUGGUCAACGGAAUGAUUUGGCAGGCUAUUGUGAUCUCUUUGCUCUGAAGCAAUUGGAAGGUUUUUUGGCAAACAUUAGUUUCAAAGAUGAUAUCGACACUGUCAUGCAAGAAGCACUCGUUGCUAGUAUUGUUGAUCUUAUUGAUGAUCUGAGAAGAGACAAUUCGGGAAUGGAGAUUUCUAAAUACUAUCUUGGUUCUGAUGAAGGUGUGCCUGAAGAGUUCAAGGUAUUUUUUGGAGGAUAUCAUGCUAAUUUAUCGGUUCUCUUUGACGCAUUGGAUAAAUGCCACUCUGAGCCGAUUAACCUGAAGGUUCUGAAUUUAUUUACUGGUCUCUUAGCUGAUGGACUUUGUCCUAGUCUCAAGGAGAAACUACAUAAGAAGUUUCUUGAAAUGGAAUUGUCACGCUUGUCACAUUGGUUGGAAUUUAGGCUCUUAGGUUGCUCAAAGAAUUUGGGAAGUGUUGCUGUUACAGCAGGUUCCCCCGUACUCAGAGAAGCAACAAUGGAAUUUAUUAUGCGCCUUGUAUAUCCAUCAGGUGAUACUUUCACCAGAGAACUGCUGAGUAGACUUGUUGAAGCAAUGCUCAUAUUGCUUGAUCGCGCAUUUCUGCACUAUGAUCUUCUUACUGGAAAAGCUUAUUUCAAUUUUUUAGUUCAGCUGUUGAGUGGGGAGCCUUUUAUGAAGCAGCUUUUAGAAAGUACUGUAAUGUUAGUGCAGAAGCUGGUCGACAGCGAGGGCUCGCUUCCUGCGUUGAAGUUCCUGUUUGGUUUUCUUGAUGCUGUAAUGAAUGACUAUAGAUCUAACAAAAGUUCUUCAGAUAAGCAUUCAUUGAAACAGUCUUUAAGUGAUAGUUCUAGUUUGGGAUCUGUAGUUCCUAAACAAGUCAGUUCAAGAAAAAACACAGAAAAUUUGCUUCUUACAGCAAAUCAAGAGAGGGGCUCUGCCUCAGCUGACUGUGAUGCAACAUCUGCUGAUGAAGAUGAAGAUGAUGGGACAUCUGAUGGGGAACUGGGCAGUAUUGAUAGGGAUGAUGAGGAGGACAGUAACAGUGAAAGAGCACUAGCUUCUAAAGUAUGCACUUUCACGUCCAGCGGCAGCAACUUUAUGGAGCAACAUUGGUAUUUCUGUUAUACAUGUGACUUAACUGUUUCAAAGGGCUGUUGUUCGAUCUGUGCUAAAGUCUGCCACCGAGGACACCGUGUUGUGUACUCUCGAUCGAGUCGGUUUUUCUGUGAUUGUGGGGCCGGGGGUGUUCGAGGAAGCAGUUGCCAGUGUUUGAAGCCUCGAAAGUUUACUGGCCCUUCCAGCUUAUCUGCUCCUGCUACAAGUAAUUUUCAGCCCCUUUUGCCUUAUUCUGAAGAUGCCGAUCAGGCGGCAGAUAGCGACUCAGAUUUGGAUGAUAACAUGAGUGGUGAUGUGGAUAAUUGCUUUAACUUAUCGAUACCACUAGAGCUGCAUGAUCGACUGCCUGUUAUAAUUGAAAACCUCAAUAUUGAAGGCCGGCUGCUUGAACUCUGCAAUAAGUUGCUUCCCACCGUGAUCGCCCAGAGGGAGCUAAACCUUUCAAAAGACAAGAAGGUAAUAUUGGGAGGUGAUAAAAUGGUCUCGCACAAUGCUGAUAUGUUCCAACUGAAGAAGGCUUAUAAAAGUGGAUCACUGGACUUGAAGAUAAAGGCAGAUUAUCCAAAUUCGAGGGAACUUAAAUCUCAUUUAGUUAGCGGGUCUUUGACCAAGUCGCUCCUCAGUGUCAGUGUUCGAGGUAGGCUUGCUGCUGGAGAAGGAGACAAGGUCGCUAUAUUUGAUGUUGGACAACUGAUUGGACAGCCUACUGUUGCCCCUGUCACAGCUGACAAGACAAAUGUGAAACCACUAUCUAGAAACAUUGUGCGGUUUGAAAUCAUUCACCUACUUUUCAAUCCUUUGGUAGAAAACUAUCUUGCUGUAGCUGGAUAUGAAGAUUGCCAAGUGCUUACUUUGAAUUCUCGAGGUGAAGUUACUGAUCGCCUCGCCAUUGAACUUGCUUUGCAAGGUGCCUAUAUUCGUCGGGUUGAAUGGGUGCCGGGUUCUCAGGUUCAGCUAAUGGUGGUGACAAACAUGUUUGUUAAGAUAUAUGACCUUUCGCAGGACAACAUUAGUCCCAUGCACUACUUCAAUUUGGCUGAUGAUUUAAUUGUUGAUGCCACUCUCGUUCCAGCUUCCAUGGGAAAAGUAUUCCUUCUUGUUCUCUCAGAAACUGGGUGUUUAUUUAGGUUGGAGGUUUCUAUGGAAGGUGAUGUUGGUGCUAAAACAUUGACUGAAACCAUCAAGGUCAAAGAUGCAGCAGAAGUGCAGCAGAAAGGGCUGUCGUUAUACUUCUCAUCAACGUACAGGCUGCUCUUCUUGGCCUAUCAAGAUAAUACAACCCUAAUGGGGCGUUUAGAUGCUAAUGCGACAUCCCUUACAGAAUCAUCCUAUGUUUACGAGGAAGAUCAAGAUGGUAAAGUUAGGCCUGCUGGGCUGCAUCAUUGGAAAGAGCUGGUUGUUGGAAGUGGUAUUUUUGUUUCUUUAUCAAGUCUUAAAUCGAACUCUCCACUUGCUGUAUCUCUCGGUCUUCAUGAAUUAGCUGCACAGAAUAUGAGAUAUGGUUCAGUCUCAACUACCCCUAUGGUUGGUGUUGCUGCCUAUAAACCUUUAUCCAAAGAUAAGAUCCACUGUCUUGUUUUACAUGAUGAUGGGAGCCUUCAGAUCUAUUCUUACACACCCAUAGGAGGUGAUACGGCAGCAGGUAUGAGUGUGGAACAGACAAAGAAGCUAGGCUCCAGCAUUCUUAGCAGUAGAGCAUACGCUGGCUCAAACCCUGAAUUUCCGCUUGACUUUUUUGAGAAAACUAUGUGCAUCACACCAGAUGUGAAACUGAGCAGUGAUGCUAUCAGGAGUGGUGAUUCUGACAGUAUCAAGCAAAAGUUAGCAUCAGAUGAUGGAUUCCUGGAGAGUCCCACUCCUGCUGGAUUUAAGGUAACUGUAUCAAAUUCCAACCCUGAUAUCGUCAUGGUCGGUUGCCGUAUACAUGUGGGUAAUGGAUCAGCCAUCCAUAUUCCCUCCGAGGUCACAAUUUUCCAGAGAGCAGUCAAGCUGGAUGAAGGCAUGCGAUCAUGGUAUGACAUUCCAUUUACGACUGCCGAAUCUCUUCUAGCUGAUGAAGAGUUCACAAUUACAAUAGGCCGAACUCUUGAUGGUUCGGCAAACCCUAGAAUAGACUCGCUUGAAGUUUAUGGCCGAGCUAAGGAUGAAUUUGGGUGGAAAGAGAAAAUGGACGCUGUGCUGGAUAUGGAAGCACAUGUGCUUGGCACCAGUUCUGGUGCAGGGAGGUUGGGGAAAAGGUAUCAGAUGAUGCAUGCUGCUCCUAUCCAGGAGCAGGUUUUGGCGGACGCUCUGAAGUUCCUCUCGAGGAUUUACAUGUUAUGUCGGUCAAAUCAGUCUACUGAAGUUGUUGAUGUGGAUUCAGAGGUUAGGAGGCUGAAAUGCAGGACGCUGUUGGAAACUGUUUUUCAAAGCGACAGAGAACCUCUACUGCAGUCUGCUGCUUGUCAUGUUCUUCGGGCUGUAUUUCCCAAGAGAGAGAUAUACUAUCAUGUAAAAGACACCAUGCGCCUCUUAGGUGUCAUAAAGUCUUUUCCUAUGCUCAUUUCAAGAAUAGGAGUUGGGGGUGCUGCAUCUGGCUGGGUGAUCAAAGAGUUUACGGCACAAAUGCAUGCAGUGUCAAAAAUUGCUUUGCAUCGGAGAGCAAAUAUGGCUACUUUUCUUGAGACUCACGGGUCGGAGGUGGUUGAUGGAUUGAUGCAAAUUUUAUGGGGAAUUCUCGACCUAGAGAGACCAGAAACACAAACAAUAAACAGCAUAGUGAUACCAUCUGUGGAACUUAUCUACAGUUAUGCUGAAUGCCUUGCUCUACAUGCAAAUGAUGCAUAUGGACUCUCUGUUGCUCCUGCUGUUGCUUUACUUAAGAAGCUACUUUUUGCACCAUAUGAAGCAGUUCAGACAUCCAGCAGUUUGGCCAUAUCAUCUAGAUUGCUUCAAGUCCCUUUCCCAAAGCAGACAAUGAUACCUACUGAUGAUGCCGUAGAAAAUCGCACAGUAGCACACGUUCUUUCUGAAAAUCCAACUGGUGGAAAUACACAGGUCAUGAUUGAAGAAGACCAUGCAACAUCAUCAGUACAAUACUGUUGCGAUGGUUGCUCCACUGUUCCCAUACUCAGGCAAAGAUGGCAUUGCAAUGUAUGCCCAGACUUUGAUCUGUGUGAAGCAUGCUAUAGAGCACUCGAUGCAGACCGUCUUCCACCCCCCCAUUCCAGAGAUCAUCCCAUGUCAGCAAUUCCAAUAGAAAUCGAUUCGCUCGGUGGUGAAAGCAGCAAUGAAAUACAUUUCCCUAUGGAUGAGCUCAGUGAUCCAAGUGUAAUGCAUGUAGCUGCCGAUAGAAAUAUGCAGAAUUCCCCAUCCUCAAUUCAUGUUUUGGAGACUAAUGAAGCAGGGGACUUCCCUUCAUCUGUGACCGACCAAAGAAUAGUCUCAAUUUCUGCAUCCAAGCGUGCUGUUAACUCUCUGUUGCUGCAUCAGUUAAUUGAAGACCUUAAUGGAUGGAUGGAAAUUACAGCUGGUAUUCGAGCUAUUCCUAUUAUGCAGCUGUUCUAUCGUCUAUCGUCUGCAGUUGGUGGGCCUUUCAUGGAUAGCUCGAAACCCGAGAAUCUGGAUAUGGAAAAAUUCGUCAAGUGGCUAUUGGAUGAGAUUAACGUCAACAAACCGUUUCCUGCUAAAACCCGUUGUUACUUUGGGGAAGUUGCUAUCCUUGUCUUCAUGUUCUUUACCCUAAUGUUUCGUAACUGGCACCAUCCUGGCGGUGACGUUUCUCAGCCGAAGUCAGGUGGCUCUUCAGAUUUACAGGAUAAGGGUUUUGUUCAGGCUCCACUAUCAUCAUCAUCAUCUUCAGCUGUUCCAUCCUCCAGUGAUGAGCCAGAAAAGAAUGAGUUUGCUUCUCAGUUGGUCCGUGCUUGUUCCUUCCUCAGGCAACAGGCUUUCCUUAAUUACUUGAUGGAUAUAUUACAGCAACUGGUACCCAUCUUCAAAUCGUCCUCAUCUAAUUCUGAAAGUGGCUCGUCGGCUGGUUCUGGCUGUGGGUCACUUCUGACAGUUCGGAGGGAACUUCCUGCUGGAAACUUCUCGCCCUUCUUCUCAGAUUCUUAUGCUAAAGCUCACCGGGCUGAUUUGUUUACAGACUACCACAAACUAUUGCUAGAGAACACUUUCCGUCUUGUUUAUAGCAUGGUUCGACCAGAAAAACAGGACAAGUCAGGGGACAAAGAUAAAAUGUACAAGUCAUUGGUAGCUAAGGAUUUGAAACUGGAUGGAUUUCAGGAUGUUCUUUGUAGCUAUAUCAGUAAUCCACUUACGACAUUUGUGCGGAGAUACGCCAGAAGGCUUUUCCUUCACUUGUGUGGUAGCAAGACUCAUUACUACAGUGUUAGAGAUUCGUGGCAGUUCUCUUAUGAAAUUAGGAAGCUACAUAAACUUGUGAACAAGUCCGGAGGCUUCCGGAAUCCUGUACCGUAUGAGAGAAGUGUUAAACUCGUGAAGUCCUUGUCUGCUAUCUGUGAAGUGGCUGGAGCGAGACCAAGAAAUUGGCAGAAGUUUUGCUUGAAGAACAUGGAUCUUCUGCCCUUCUUGAUGAAUGGUAUGUUUUAUUUUGGUGAGGAAUCUGUUGUUCAAACACUUAAGCUCUUGAACUUGGCCUUUCAUACUGGUAAGGAAGUGAGCCAUGGGACACAGAAAUCAGAAGGUGGAGAUGCAGGAGGUUAUUCGAACAGAACUGGGUCUCAAUCCUCUGACUCAAAAAAGAAAAGAAAGGGUGAGGAUGGCGGUGAAAGUGGUUCAGAAAAAUCUUGUGUGGAUAUGGAGCAAGCAGUAGAAAUGUUCAUUGAUAAGGAUGGUACAAUUUUGAGGCGUUUUAUUGAUUCCUUCUUGCUGGAAUGGAACUCAGCAAGUGUGCGCCAUGAAGCUAAGUGUGUCUUGUAUGGUGUUUGGCAUCAUGGAAAAAGCUCGUUUAGGGAAGCAGUUUUAACUACUCUAUUCCAAAAGGUGAAAUCUCUACCGAUGUAUGGCCAAAACAUCGUAGAGUACACUGAGCUCAUGACCUGGCUCCUGGGGAAGAUGGCUGAUAGUAGCAUAAAGCAUCAUGAGAAAGAACUUGUGAGCAAAUGCCUGACAUCUGAUGUGAUAAGCUGCAUAUUUGAAACUCUUCAUUCGCAGAAUGAUCUUUUGGCAAAUCAUCCCAACUCCCGUAUAUACAACACACUAAAUAGUUUGGUAGAAUUUGAUGGUUACUAUCUUGAAAGCGAACCUUGUGUAACUUGUAGCUGCCCUGAUGUGCCUUAUGCCAGGAUUAAGCUUGAAAGUCUUAAAUCUGAGACCAAGUUCACUGACAACAGGAUAAUUGUGAAAUGUACAGGAAGCUACACUAUUCAGUCGGUGACGAUGAACGUUCAUGAUGCUCGCAAGUCAAAAUCCGUAAAAAUUUUAAACCUUUACUAUAACAACAGGCCCGUAUCUGACCUGUCGGAGCUGAAGAACAAUUGGUCUCUGUGGAAGCGAGCAAAGAGCUGCCAUCUUGCUUUUAAUCAGACAGAACUGAAGGUGGAAUUCCCCAUUCCAAUUACUGCAUGCAAUUUCAUGAUUGAACUUGAUUCUUUCUAUGAGAAUCUACAAGCCUCUUCUCUUGAGUCAUUGCAGUGCCCCCGGUGUAGCAGGUCUGUUACCGAUAAGCACGGUAUCUGUGGCAACUGCCACGAAAAUGCAUACCAGUGCAGGCAAUGUAGGAAUAUCAAUUACGAAAAUCUGGAUUCUUUCCUUUGCAACGAGUGUGGAUACAGCAAAUAUGGCCGUUUUGAGUUCAAUUUCAUGGCAAAACCUAGCUUCUCCUUUGAUAACAUGGAAAAUGAUGAGGACAUGAGAAAAGGAUUGGCAGCUAUUGAGUCUGAAUCUGAAAAUGCUCAUAGGAGAUACCAGCAACUUCUGGGAUUCAAGAAACCUCUGCUUAAGCUCGUUUCAAGCAUAGGCGAACAAGAGAUCGAUUCACAACAGAAAGAUACAGUGCAACAGAUGAUGGUUUCUUUGCCUGGGCCUUCAUGCAAGGUAAACAGGAAAAUCGCUCUCCUUGGUGUAUUGUAUGGUGAAAAAUGCAAGGCGGCUUUUGAUUCUGUGAGUAAAAGUGUCCAGACAUUGCAAGGACUUAGGCGCGUGCUGAUGGCUUAUCUACAUCAGAAAAAUUCAGAUGACUCAGUGGCUUUAUCAACUUUUGCGAUUCCAAGAUCACCAAGCAACUGCUAUGGUUGUGCUACUACAUUUGUUACGCAGUGUCUGGAGCUGUUACAAGUGCUUUCAAAACAUCCAAACUGCAAAAAACAACUUGUUUCUGCUGGAAUUUUAUCAGAACUGUUUGAGAACAACCUUCAUCAGGGACCCAAAACAUCACGUGUUCUGGCUAGGGCAGUCCUUUCUGCUUUCUGUGAGGGGGAUGCAGAGGCAGUUGGAGAGCUGAACAGGUUGAUACAGAAGAAGGUCAUGUAUUGCCUUGAGCACCAUCGUUCCAUGGACAUUGCAUUGGCAACAAGAGAAGAGCUAUUGCUACUCUCAGAGACUUGUGCUGUUGUAGAUGAACUCUGGGAAUCGAGGCUUCGGGUUGCUUUUCAGCUCAUGUUCUCUUCCAUUAAAGUUGGAGCAAAACAUCCUGCAAUCUCUGAGCAUAUCAUUCUUCCUUGUUUGAGAAUCAUAUCUCAGGCAUGUACUCCUCCCAGAUCUGAUGCAAAUGACAAAGAAAACGCUACAGGAAAAUCUACUUCACUUUUGCAACCGAAAAACGACAGUAGUUCAAACCAAUCUGCUACUUCUACCAGCCUUCUAAAUGGUAAUAGGUCUCCAUCUGAGUUAUCAGAAAAGAGCUUGGAAGGCAGUCAAAUGAGUCAGGAUAUCCCUCUAUUAAGCUAUUCUGAGUGGGAAAGAGGCGCAUCUUAUCUUGAUUUUGUCCGGAGGCAGUAUAAAGUCUCGCAGGUGGUGAAAGCUACUGCACAGAAGUCGCGACAAGAUCCACAGAAGUUUGAUUAUCUGGCACUGAAAUAUGGUCUGAAAUGGAAACGCCGUGCUUGUAGAAGAACGGCUAAGAAUGACUUCUCAACAUUUGCUUUGGGAUCUUGGGUAUCGGAGUUGAUUUUGAGUGCUUGCUCGCAAUCUAUUAGAUCUGAAGUGUGCAAUCUUAUUGCAUUGUUAUGUCCACUGAGUUCUUCUAGAGGGUUCCAGUUGUUAAACUUACUCACAUCGUUGCUUCCUGCAACUCUAUCGGUUGGUGAGAGUGCAACAGAAUAUUUUGAGCUACUUUUUAAGAUGAUUGAAUCUGAAGCUGCACGGCUUUUCUUAACUGUAAGGGGAUGCCUGAAAACCAUUUGUAGGUUGAUAAAACAAGAGGUAGCUAAUGUGGAGUCUCAAGAGAGAAGCCUUAGUAUUGACAUAUCUCAGGGAUUAAUACUUCACAAGCUGAUUGAGCUCCUCAACAAGUUUCUUGAGAUACCGAACAUCAGAGCCAGGUUUAUGCAGGAUGAGUUGCUGUCUGAAGUACUAGAGGCUUUUCUUGUCAUUCGAGGUCUUAUAGUGCAGAAGACGAAACUAAUAAGUGACUGCAAUCGUCUCUUAAAAGACCUUCUGGACAGUCUUCUGCAGGAGAGCACUGCAAACAAACGUCAAUUUAUUCGUGCUUGUAUAUCAAGUUUGCAGAAUCAUGCAAAGGAGAAAAAGGGAAGGUCUUCACUGUUUAUCUUGGAACAACUUUGCAAUAUGAUCUGUCCAACAAAGCCAGAACCUGUAUAUCUUCUGAUUCUUAACAAAGCACACACUCAGGAAGAGUUUAUCAGGGGUUCCAUGACAAAGAAUCCGUACUCCAGUGCUGAGAUCGGCCCGCUGAUGAGAGAUGUGAAAAAUAAAAUUUGUAACCAGCUGGACUUAGUAGGACUGUUGGAAGAUGACUACGGUAUGGAACUAUUAGUUGGUGGUAACAUAAUUUCUCUUGACCUUAGCAUCUCUCAAGUUUAUGAGCAAGUCUGGAAGAAAUAUCACAGUCAAACUCAGAGUUCUUUGCCAACUUCUGCCGUUUUGUCUUCUGCUGGGUUGCCAUCAGCUAGAGAGUGCCCACCAAUGACAGUAACCUAUCGUCUUCAGGGUUUAGAUGGUGAAGCCACAGAGCCUAUGAUAAAAGAGCUUGAAGAGGAAAGGGAAGAAUCACAAGACCCUGAAGUUGAGUUUGCAAUAGCUGGUGUUGUCAGGGAAUGUGAAGGUCUUGAAACUAUUAUGAGUAUGAUCCAGCGUCUCCGUGAUGACGAUCUAAGAUCGAACCAGGAAGAGCUGAAUUCUGUGCUCAACCUUCUAAUGUACUGCUGCAAGAUACGAGAAAAUAGACAAGCCUUACUACGAUUAGGUGCUCUAGGGCUGCUACUUGACACUGCACGGCGUGCUUUCUCAGUAGACGCCAUGGAACCUGCUGAAGGCAUUCUCUUGAUCGUAGAAAGCCUCACUUUGGAAGCUAAUGAGAGUGACAUCAGCAGUACUCAAAGUGUCUUCACAGUUUCUAAUGAGGAAAGUGGGGCAGCUGGUGAACAGGCUAAGAAAAUUGUCCUCAUGUUUUUAGAAAGGCUAUGCCAUCCUUUAUCUGCGAAGAAGUCAAAUAAGCAGCAGCGGAACGAUGAGAUGGUUGCGAGGAUUUUGCCCUACUUGACCUAUGGGCAACCAGUUGCUAUGGAAGCACUUAUACAGCAUUUUGAGCCGUACCUUCAAGCCUGGGGUGAAUUUGACGAGUUGCAGAAGAAGCACCAGGAUAAUCCCAAAGACGAGAGCUUGGCUCAGCAAGCAGCAAAGCAGAGAUCUGCUUUGGAAAAUUUUGUUAGGGUUUCAGAGUCACUGAAGACGAGUUCAUGUGGGGAGAGCCUCAAGGACAUUAUUCUAGAGAGGGGCAUCGUGAAAGCGGCCAUCACCCACUUAAAAGAAAGCUUCGCAGUUGCGGGCCAGGCUGGGUAUAAAACAAGUUCUGAAUGGACUUUUGGCUUAAAGUUGCCGUCGGUUCCACUGAUUCUGUCAAUGUUGAGGGGACUAUCAAAGGGUCAUUUGCCUACUCAGAGGUGUAUCGAUGAGGAGGGAGUUUUGCCCCUGCUUCAUGCUUUAGAGGGGGUAUCUGGUGAAAAUGAGAUUGGCACACGAGCGGAGAACUUGUUGGACACGCUGGCAAACAAAGAAAAUAACGGUGAUGGCUUCUUGGGGCAGAAGAUAAGAGAACUGCGACAUGCUACAAGGGACGAGAUGCGCAGAAUGGCCCUUAAGAAUAGAGAAAUGCUACUUCAGGGGCUUGGAAUGCGACAGGAGUUUUCAUUGGAUGGGGGCAAGCGAAUUGUUGUUUCCAAGCCGGCUAUUGAAGGCUUGGACGACGUAGAGGAAGAAGAGGAUGGGCUCGCGUGCAUGGUGUGCCGGGAGGGAUACACUCUGAGGCCCAACGACAUGCUGGGCGUCUACUCUUUCAGCAAGCGGGUCAACUUGGGUCCCACAAACACGGCAAGCGGCGGCCGUGGCGACUGUGUUUACACCACCGUCAGCCAUUUCAACAUCAUCCACUUCCAGUGCCAUCAGGAGGCCAAGCGGGCCGAUGCUGCAUUGAAAAACCCUAAGAAGGAAUGGGAAGGGGCUACGCUGAGGAAUAAUGAGACCUUGUGUAAUUGUAUAUUCCCUUUAAGGGGACCAUCGGUUCCGCUUGCGCAGUAUGCUCGGUGUGUUGAUCAGUACUGGGAACACCUCAACACCCUAGGACGCGCGGAUGGUAGCCGGCUGCGGUUGGUGACAUAUGACAUCGUUCUGAUGCUGGCUCGGUUUGCCACGGGCGCUUCAUUCAGCACGGACAGCAAAGGCGGGGGCAGGGAGAGCAACUCACGCUUCCUCCCUUUCAUGAUUCAAAUGGCUUCGUAUCUCGUCAACCAGGGCAGCUCCAACCAGCAGCAGCGCCGUGCCAUGGCCAAGUCGGUCGCCUCCUACCUGUCGUCGUCGUCGUCGUCCAAUAAUAACUCCCCAUCAUCAUCACCGUCCUCUACCACCUCCAGCUCCGACUCCCCCGGCCGGUCCCCCUCAUCGUCCCUACCCGGCCCCGCUCGCCCCCCAUCCGAGGAGACCGUCCAGUUCAUGAUGGUCUACUCCCUCCUCUCCGAUUCCUAUGAGGACUGGUCGUCCCACCGCCUCGCCUUCUUGCAGCGUGGUAUCUACCACGCCUUCAUGCAGCACAAGCACAGCGGCCGCUCCUCCUCAACCCUUCGGUCGCCCUCCGAUUCCGCCGCCGCCUCCACCAGCCGAUCCGACGAUGGCGGCCCCUCAGCCGACUCCGCCGACGCGAAGAAGCUCUUCGCCUUGGUCCAGCCGAUUCUUGUCUACACCGGCCUGAUCGAGCAGCUCCAGCAGUUCUUCAAGCUUGGCAAUUCGUCGUCGUCGUCGUCGUCGUCAUCAUCGAGCACUGCUCCGGGUGAAGAAGCGGGGAGCAGCGGCAGCGGCAGCUUGGAGAGGUGGGAGGUGGUGAUGAAGGAGAGGAUGGUGAACAUGAAAGAGAUGGUGGGGUUCUCGAAGGAGAUGCUGGACUGGCUCGAGGACAUGACCACGGCUGCCGAUCUGCAGGAGGCGUUCGACGUGAUGGGCGUUCUCCGGGACGUGCUAUCCGGGGGUUUCUCGCGGUGCGAGGAUUUCGUCCGUGAGGCUAUACUUGCCGCGAAGAGCUAAGAGGCCUAAGGAACGGAAGGAAAGCGUAAUGUCUCCUCUUUCUCCCACUUUUAUACUAAAUUCUCUCGUCGGCGGUGUUGUCUGCGUGUUUAUUCAUGUUCACGAGGCGUUUUUGUAUGCGAAAAGCUAGUCGUUGAGAUACCCGUAUAUAUGCGUGUAUAUGCGUUGUGUAAGAUUGAAAUAUAUGAUAUCACUGCGAAACUGGAUUGGGUAAAUGUAUCCUCCAUGUUUAAUAAAAACUGCAAAGUGAUCCUUCCUCCGCAGGAUUCAAAGGUAGUGUCAUGGGUGUCAAUCUUUUCUUUCAUUUUCCUUUUUCCUGCUAAGAUUUGUAGUAAACUGUUUUGGCCAGAUCUUCGAAACCGGUUUCCGCUCGCCUGCUGUUUAUUCGCGGGCAAGCAGGUUCUGGCUGUUGAACUGGCUUCUCAUCCUUUUUUCUGUCAGGCAAACAUCUUGUUCUUUAGAUAAGAUACUAAUAGAAGCAAAUCAUCAUCAUAUUCA